AUGUGGAAAGACAGUCCUGGAUUUUCCUCCGGGGCAGCCCUGUGUGAGGUGGAGACCAGCCAGGGAGAGACGGAAGCCCUCAGGUACCAGGAGACAAUUGUCAGAGGAAACAAACCCUGCAAGGAGACCUCCAUCAACGGGCUGCUAGAGGAUUUCGACAACAUCUCGGUGACCCGCUCCAACUCUCUAAGGAAGGAAAGCCCGCCCACCCCGGACCAGGGAGCCUCCAGCCAUGGUCCAGGCCAUCGGGAAGAAAACGGCUUCAUCACCUUCUCACAGUAUUCCAGCGAAUCUGACACCACCACUGACUAUGCCACCGACAAGUACAGAGAAAAAAGUCUCUAUGGAGACGAUUUGGAUCCGUUUUAUAAGGGCGGCCACUCGGCCAAGCAAAAUGGGCACAUCAUGAAAAUGAAACCUGGGGAGGCCUACUAUUCUGAAAUGAAGCCUUUGAAAUCCGAGAUAACCAGAUUUCCUAUCGACUACCAUGCACCCUUGGACUCACUGAGCAAACCAACUGAGUACAGUGACCUUAAGUGGGGGUACCAGAGAGCCUCCAGCAGCUCCCCUCUGGAUUAUCCAUUCCAGUUCAUGCCUUCCAGAACUGCAGGGACCAGUGGGUGCUCCAAGGAGAGCCUGGCGUACAGCGAAAGUGAAUGGGGACCCAGCCUGGAGGACUAUGACAGGAGGCCAAAGUCAUCAUACCUGAGUCAGACGAGUCCUCAGCCCGCCAUGCGGCAGAGGUCACGGUCCGGCUCAGGGCUCCAGGAACCCACGAUGCCCUUCGGAGCUAGUGCUUUUAAAACCCACUCCCAAGGACACUCCUACAGUUCCUACACCUACCCUCGCUUGUCUGAGCCCACUAUGUGCAUCCCAAAGGUGGAUUACGAUCGAGCACAGAUGGUCCUCAGCCCUCCACUGUCAGGGUCCGACACCUACCCCAGGGGUCCCGCCAAACUACCUCAAAGUCAAAGCAAAGCAGGCUAUUCCUCAAGCAGCCACCAGUACCCAUCUGGGUACCACAAAGCCACCCUGUACCACCACCCCUCCCUGCAGACCAGUUCGCAGUACAUCUCCACAGCUUCUUACCUGAGCUCUCUCAGCUUCUCAUCCAGCACCUACCCCCCACCCAGCUGGGGCUCCUCCUCAGACCAGCAGCCCUCCAGGGUAUCCCACGAACAGUUCCGGGCUGCCCUGCAGCUGGUGGUCAGCCCAGGAGACCCCAGGGAAUACUUGGACAACUUUAUCAAAAUCGGAGAAGGCUCAACCGGCAUUGUGUGCAUCGCCACUGAGAAACACACGGGGAAGCAAGUCGCGGUGAAAAAAAUGGACCUCCGAAAGCAACAGAGACGAGAGCUGCUAUUUAAUGAGGUUGUGAUAAUGCGGGAUUAUCACCAUGACAAUGUGGUUGACAUGUACAACAGCUACCUUGUCAGUGAUGAGCUCUGGGUGGUCAUGGAAUUUUUAGAAGGCGGUGCCUUGACAGACAUCGUUACUCAUACCAGAAUGAAUGAGGAACAGAUAGCCACCGUCUGUCUCUCAGUCCUGAAAGCUCUCUCCUACCUUCACAACCAAGGAGUGAUCCACAGGGACAUAAAGAGUGACUCCAUCCUCCUGACAAGUGAUGGCCGGAUAAAGUUGUCUGACUUUGGUUUCUGUGCUCAAGUUUCCAAAGAGGUGCCCAAGAGGAAAUCAUUGGUUGGCACGCCCUACUGGAUGGCACCUGAGGUGAUUUCUAGACUGCCUUAUGGGACAGAGGUGGACAUCUGGUCCCUUGGGAUCAUGGUGAUAGAGAUGAUUGACGGCGAGCCCCCCUACUUCAAUGAGCCUCCCCUCCAGGCCAUGCGGCGGAUCCGGGACAGUUUACCUCCAAGAGGGAAGGACCUGCACAAGGUUUCUUCCAUGCUCCGAGGAUUCCUGGACCUGAUGCUGGUGAGGGAACCCUCUCAAAGAGCCACAGCGCAGGAACUCCUUGGACAUCCAUUCUUGAAGCUGGCAGGUCCGCCAUCUUGCAUUGUUCCCCUCAUGAGACAAUACAGGCAUCACUGAGCAGAGGAUUCAUAUAGGUGACAAAGCUACACGGGGACAUGCGAAUAAUUCAGGACAACACAAGGAAACCAGAGAACUUGCAAAAGGCCUACUACGUCUUCCAGACCAGCUGAUGGGUGGGACUGCUCAAUGACCGGCAGGGUUCGGCAGACCAGGGCAUCUUCUUGUGUCUUAAACAGGCAUCUCUCCACCAACAGGGGGCGUGGUCAUUUGGAACACGGCUUUAAUAAGUCAUUAUUAUAUUUUUCAGCCCUUCAUCCAGCAAAUCAGAAGGAACUCAGUACUGUCACGAUACAUCCUAGCCACAUGCAGGGUAAUGCAUAGGAUUUUCUAUAUUGAAAGAAUACUUUUCUGGCAAAAAAAAAAAAAAAAGAAAGGAAAACAAAAAGCACUUUUUUCUUAAUGGUAGCAGUGUAAUGUAUUUUGCAAUGAAUUUGUAAUUUUUCUGUACGAUAGUUUUGAUAAUUUAUAGUACUUUGAUGUCACGUAGCCCUUGUAUCAGUUGAGGUAAUACUUGUUUACUAGCAAGAGUUUGAACAAAGUCUUUCCUACUUUUUUAAUCCCUUUCAGAGAACCAACAACUCUUUAGGAACUUUGAAUACCGAACGACUCUCAGUCACCAUCAGCUUUAGUAGAAAAUAAUCUUUCUUAUAUUAACAAGUGUCUUAUGUGAUGGAAGAAGACUUAACGGUGAUGGUGAUGGUGAUGGUGCGCCUUUCAUUUUUUCCAACCAAAAAUAAUACCAUACAAUUUGAGCCACGGUAUACCACCAAAAGCACUCCUUGGAAUAAAGUGAAAUAUUUUGGGGUGGGGGGAAGAAACACAUUUUCUUUCAAGGCUAUUCAUAGCAAUCCGUCUUUUGCACAGCAGGAUAUUUCUCCUAGUACCCUCUCUCAAAUGGGUACUUUGAGGUCCCCUUUUGGCCAAAUUCCCCCUCCCCUCCAGAACAAUAUUAGUGCUAGAAUCAUUUGUAUUCUGUUCCCCGAACUGAAUGUUUCCAAACAGCUGUGAGAACUCCAGUCUCACAAAGGGAAAAGCGAGAGAACAGGGCAAGAUGUUUGGUUUGGUUUGUCACUGUUUUUAAAACUCCAUACGCUAGCACACCAAACCCUUGUCUGCAUUUACCUUGGUACCACAGUAUUAAUCGCUGUUGUUUCUGUAUCGUACUGGAAGUCUGGACUCUAGAGGAUGACUUAGGAAGAGGGUAUUUUCCCGGGUGUGAUCUGAACUCAGUUGUGACCGAUGUUACGUGUUUCUGACCUAGGAGAGUUGUGCUGCUGACUAGAUCUUCUUGAAUGUUGAUAAAAAUGAAUGACUACUACAAUACAUUUUGUGUUGCUUGUUGGAUGAAUUUGCAUGUUAACUGUAGGCCAAUAUAGAUUUGCCUUUAAAACUCCAAAAGAGCUACAUAGUCAUCAUUAGUUUCUAUUAAUUAUGCAUCAAACGAAAAAAGCCAUUUGUUACCAAACUGGAAAACCAGAGGCUUUUCUUAAUGACUUCACAUACUGUAACAACUAUGAAUUUAAAUUUGUGAAACUGCUCUGGUUGCUCUAAGCAUAAUUAAGAAUGUUUGUAAUUAAUAGGUUGCUAAUUAUUUAUUAUAGUUAAAAAGGAAAAAAAGACAUAAAAUGACCUUCUACUGAUUAGAUUUUCAGUUUGUCCCUAAACUGGAAAUGCCUCAUCAUAAAUAGGAUCUAUGAUUUUGUUUAAUAAAAUACAACAAAUCAAUGUUUAUGUAAAAUAUUAAUAUAAAUAUGUAAGAAUGAAAAUAAUCUAAAUCCAGAAAAUGGCAGUCUUAAAAGUUAAUGGAACAGAUUGUAUUAAUGAAACCAGGACUGUGUAGAAGUAGAAAGAAAAAUUCUUUUUUAAACCAGAGCAAAUAUUAAAAACCAUUGCAGAAAAUAGUGGAUUUUGGAUUCCAAACAUUUUCGACUGUGUAAUGGAGAUUUUUCUGUAAUUUUCUUAUCACUGGGUCUUUUUUAACGUAUUCAUUAAGUUUACCAAAAGUUACUGUAGCUUAAAAGGUUUUGUGAGCACUAACUAUUGGCAGAAACUGCACUUGCAAAUAAAAAUAAAUGUUUGCCUUUU